AUGCACAGUGUCACGCAACUUAUCAUUUGCCCCUUUUGCUAUUUAUCAGAGCUUUACCAUCUGAUUCAUCUGUCAGUUUUCUUUGCUGAGAAUCGAAUUUUUUCUCUCAUAAACCUCCCCCACCUCCAACAUUCUACCACCUCUCCCUACUCCCAUCCACCGGCAAACAUGCUGUCUUUUCUUCUCAUUCUUUUUCUUACUCUCUCUCUCUCACUCUUUAAAAUCAAAAUCUGCUGCUUUCUACUUUCAAUUGUACUCCCUCUUCACAUCCUUACUCUCCACACCUUUUUCUUCAUUCUCAUCAUUACUCUUCUUUUAUUUCAAUCCAUGUCGUCUUCCAUUUUUCUUGCUAUCAUCCUCACUUUCACCCCUCCUUAUUUAUUGUUACUAUCUUCUCUUUUCACUCUCCUUCCAUUUCUGCACUCUUUUCUCUACCUCUUCUCUUUACAACCUCUUUCCUUUCUUCCUCUUCCUCUGACUCCUUGUUCUCCUCCACUUUCUCUUUUCUUUCUCUUUAUCACAAUUCACAUUCCUACCUCCCUCUCCUCCCACUCUACUCCCACUCAAUUCUCCACAGCUUGUUCUUUUCAAUCCCUACAAGAUGUUGUGAUACCUCGACUUGCAGGAAUGGCGCUGGCUAAUAACAGUGUGAGUAACGAGACUAAGAAGACUGACAUUGCCCUGCAACUGUUUGAAGCAUACAGUGCCAUGUCGUGUUGCUUCAUCAAUGAUCAAUUGGUGCAGGAAGCCAUGCUUCCUGGUCUGCGUUACUUGAGGCAGGAUUUAGCUCAAAUUGCACCAGAACGAGAGGAAGUUAUUACCUCCAUGAUUAAAGAGUAUGAAGCAAAAGUGGACGCUUCAAAAUCACUUGAAAGGAGUCCCAGCCUGUCCGGAUCACCUGCCACAGGUGGAAGUACUGAAGAUGUACGUGCACGGGUAAUGAGCAGAAUCAAAGACACAACAUCCAAGGCCCACAUUCCAAAUAUCUUCACUCGGAAAAAGUAG